UACUAAUCCCGAUUUUUCCACUUUAAAUCAAAACUUAAAAAAAGUCUUACAAAAAUUAAUAAAACAAGGGCAUAAAGUCUGUUUUACUACAGGACGAAAUUAUUUGUCAGCCUUGCCUUUUUAUCAAGAAGUCGGCUUGGAUACUUUUUUAGUUACCUACAACGGGGCUUAUAUUAAUAAUCCGGCGGAUAAGGACAAUAAAGAAAUAGUAGUUUUUCAUUCUAUUAAAAAUGACGUAGUGAAAGAUAUUUUAAAUGAGCCGGUAGUUAAAAAAAAUAUUUGUAAUGUGUUAAUCGACCAUGUUGACGGGUUAAAUUCGGAAGGGGAAAUAAAUCUAAAAACCAUUAGCACCAGUGAUGAUAUUUAUUAUCAAGAGAUAUUUUUUAACGGCAAUUCCUAUACCAAAGGGGAAAAUAUUUUACAACUUUUAGGAAAAAAAGAUGUUUUGCAAUUAGUUUUGGAAUUUCCCAAAGAUGAAAAAAACUUUAACGAGAUUUUAUUAACUUUACGGAAAGAGUACAGUGACGCCAUUACUUUUUAUUUUGGCACUAAAUUAAAAGCCAAAAAUCCCGGGAACAAAAUUCUGGUUCCCGACCCCGAAAGAAAGAUAAUAAAAAUUCGGAACGAAUUAGCCAGCAAAGGAAUGGGAGCAAAAUGA